UAGUUUCUUGAUAGUUAAGACUGUCUAAAACAUAUAUGCAUAUUUGGCACAAAGUGGCCUUAAUAGUUAAUCAAUCCCAAAAAAUGACUGAAUCAUUUUAACAUUAUGGCAAGCUGGCACAUUCACUAUGGCAUGUACCUUUUCAGGAACAGGUACAAGUCCAUGAGAAUCGAUAAUUGUUCCUAAAGAUCGAAUAUUUAACAGAAAAACUGAACACUUUUCCACCUUUAUACAAACACCAUAUUCUGUAAUACGAGCACGAACGUCUUGUCAAUGAUAAUAGUGUCGUUUUUCACUUAUGUUGACAAUAUUAUUAUCAGAAAUACAUAUGUCAUGGCAAAAGGACAUCGCUCAACAUGUUGUCCAUGUUCUGUUUAAAAAUUAAAGGGGCACAUUUUCCACGAAAAGGCAGUCCAUUUUAUAUAAGAACAAGUACCGAUGUGUGUUCACAUGAUUAAAAACAUUCUGUUCAUUUGAGAAACUGGAUCACAAUUAGUUACAGUUCAGUAGAUAGAACAACAAUCCACAAAUCAUUCUAAUUUCAUCGUGUUUUCUCAGAGUUUCGAAUUGCAUUGUAGAAAUUGAUUUCAUCAAGGAAUCGAGAUUAUUGACUACCAUUAAUGCAGACUUAUCGGUUAACAUUGCAAAAAGGGUUAAAGGUGAUAGACAACCGUUCUGAUUCGAAGGAACACCUAAGUAUCAACAUAUGCUUACACUUACCUAAUGCACCAUUUCAUAUGUAUGUUAAACGUUUCUUUAGCUUAUAAGAAGAUAAAAAGAGAAUGAUAAGUUGAUACAAGACAGUCAACUGUCCCUCAAUAUGAAAUGUAAAUUCUAGAAAAACAAUCCACACACAAAACCUAAAAGGUCGUACCAUAAUUAUAACAGUAAUCUUAAACUAUAUCCUCCUAGCUCAGUAACAAAUACUUCUCAUCAAUAUAUAAAUGAACUUAUUCAGUGAUCAUGAAUACUUGCUUUCUGUUACCAUGGAGUGGAAUCGUUGUAGUCUUCAUUUUCAUAAAAAGACUGCUCAUUUACACAGACUGUUUUCCAACUGGUUAAGAACUGAUGAUAAACUUAACGUGAUUACUCUGGGCACAUUCCUGUGAUAUACUAUCAUUGAACGAUCGAUUUAUUUUCUGUAAUAAAAUAAAAUAUUUUGAAGUAUGUUUUCAUUUAUAAAACUCUGCCUGUAGCUCUUCCAGAGUUACUGCCGGUCUCAAGCCCGGGUAAAGUGGGAGGGUUGGGCAUGGGGUUAGCGUCCCCAUCCAGUAGAAACCUAACUCGCUAAAAAAACGCUAACCAGAAAAAAUAACUCAAACCAUUUAAACUCUGCCCUGGUAGUUAGAGGUAAUAUGACGCCUCAUGGUGAAAGCCGAGUUCCUUCGGAAGCCACGAGGCCGAUGCCCCUUCUAACAACCAGAGCAACAAUUUUUAUAGGUACAUGGAACGUCCGGACAAUGUGGGAGAACGGGAAGACCAGUCAAAUAGCAACGGAAAUGAGGAGGUACAACUUGGCAGUACUGGGAAUCAGUGAAACCCAUUGGACCCAAGCUGGACAACAAAGGCUAAAUACGGGAGAGAUGCUGCUAUACUCCGGUCACGAAGAGGAAAAUGAUCCACACACUCAGGGAGUUGCUCUAAUGCUAUCCAAAGUAGCACGAAAUGCACUUGUAGGAUGGGAAUCUCACGAAUCCAGAAUCAUCAAAGCAUCAUUCAAAACAAAGAAGGAGGGGAUCACAAUGAACAUUAUCCAAUGUUAUGCACCCACCAAUGAUAGCAACGACGACGUUAAAGAUCAAUUCUAUGAGAGGCUGCAAUCAAUCAUAGAGAAGUGCCCAAGAAAGGACCUCACCAUUCUGAUGGGAGAUCUAGACGCCAAAGUCGGAAUGGACAACACCGGAUAUGAAGACAUCAUGGGACUACAUGGACUGGGAGAGAGAAACGAAAACGGGGAAAGAUUUACAAAUCUGUGUGCAUUCAAUAAAUUGGUCAUAGGCGGUACAACAUUUCCACACAAACGUAUACACAAAACUACGUGGAUCUCACUGUACCACACCACAGAGAACCAGAUAGAUCACAUUUGCAUCAAUAAAAAGUUCCGAAGGUUAAUGGAAGAUGUGAAAACCAGGAGAGGAGCGGACAUAGCUUCAGAUCAUCACCUAGUUGUGGCCAAAUUGAAACUGAAGCUAAAGAAGAACUGGAUAACUGGACAAACAGCAUCACAAAGGUUCAAUACAGCCUUCCUUCGAGAUACUGACAAACUCAAUGAAUUCAAGGUAGCUCUCAACAACAGGUUCCAAGCCUUACAGGAUCUACUGAACGAAGAAGAAACUACUAUGGAGGAUAGCUGGAAAGGUAUCAAAGAAACAUUAACUUCAACGUGUCAAGAGGUUCUGGGCCCCAAGAAGCAUCAUCACAAGGAAUGGAUCUCUACAGAAACACUGGACAGGAUCAAAGAAAGAAAGAACAAGAAGACAGCAAUUAACAACAGUCGAACAAGAGCAGAGAAUGUCCAAGCACAAGCAGAGUACAUAGAAGCAAACAAGAAAGUGAAGAAGAGCAUUAGAGCUGAUAAGCAAAAAUACGUGGAAGAACUAGCAACGACGGCGGAAAAAGCUGCAAGAGAAGGAAAUGUGAGACAGCUUUACGAUACGACGAAGAAGCUUGCAGAGAAAUACAGUAAACCAGAGAGACCAGUCAAAGACAAAGAAGGAAGACCAAUCACUGAGAUUCAACAACAGCGCAACAGAUGGGCAGAGUACUUCGAGGAACUCCUGAACAGGCCGGCUCCAAUUAAUCCACCGGACAUCAAAGCAGCACACACAGAUCUUCCUAUAAAUGUCAAUCCACCAACGAAAGAAGAAAUCAGAAUGGCCAUCAGACAAAUCAAGAGCGGGAAAGCAGCAGGACCUGACAAUAUACCAGCUGAAGCACUGAAGUCAGACAUCGAAGUAUCUACAAGCAUGCUUCAUCUUCUAUUCAAGAAGAUUUGGGAGGAGGAACAAGUGCCGAUGGAUUGGAAAGAAGGACAGCUCGUCAAGAUUCUAAAGAAAGGAGAUCUGAGCAAGUGUGAAAACUACAGAGGCAUUACACUACUCUCAAUACCGGGUAAAGUCUUCAACAGAGUGUUACUGAACAGGAUGAAAGACGCAGUUGACGCUCAACUUCGAGAUCAACAAGCUGGAUUCCGUAAGGACCGGUCGUGCACAGACCAGAUUGCGACACUACGGAUCAUCGUCGAACAAUCAAUUGAGUGGAACUCGUCACUCUACAUCAACUUCAUUGAUUAUGAGAAGGCAUUUGACAGUGUGGAUAGGAGAACGUUAUGGAAACUUCUUCGACACUACGGAGUUCCUGAGAAGAUUGUCAACAUUAUCCGGAACUCAUACGAUGGACUACAGUGCAAAGUAGUGCAUGGAGGACAGCUGACAGACGCAUUCCAAGUAAGGACCGGAGUAAGACAAGGCUGUCUACUCUCUCCCUUCCUGUUUCUUCUGGUGGUCGACUGGAUUAUGAAGACCUCGACAUCUGAGGGAAACUACGGCAUACGAUGGACAGCUUAGAACCAAUUAGACGACUUGGACUUCGCAGAUGACCUAGCCCUCCUAUCACAUACACACGAACAAAUGCAGAUAAAGACAGCCAGCAUGGCAGCAGUCUCUGCAUCAGUAGGCCUCAACAUACACAAAGGGAAAACCAAGGUCCUCAAAUAUAACACGGAGAACAGCAAUCCAAUCACUCUUGAUGGCAAAACUCUGGAAGACGUGGAAUCCUUCACAUACCUGGGAAGCAUCAUCGAUAAACAAGGAGGUUCAGAUGCAGACGUCAAGGCGAGGAUUGGCAAAGCUAGAGCGGCAUUCCUUCAACUGAAGAACAUAUGGAGCUCAAAACAACUUUCAACUAAUUUCAAAGUCAGAAUCUUCAAUACGAACGUCAAGGCAGUUCUACUGUACGGAGCUGAAACUUGGAGAACUACAACAACCACCAUCAAGAAGGUACAGGUAUUUAUCAAUAGCUGUCUACGCAUGAUACUCAAUAUCCAUUGGCCGGAUACCAACAGCAACAGCUUUUGUGGGAGAGAAACAAAUAGCUUCCAGCUGAAGAGGAAAUUAGGAAAAGACGAUGGAAAUGGAUAGGACAUACAUUGAGGAAAUCAUCAAACUGCAUUACGAGACAAGCGCUAACUUGGAAUCCUGAAGGGAAGCGGAAAAGAGGGAGGCCAAAGAACACAUCACGUCGGGAAAUAGAAGCAGAUAUGAAAGCGAUGAAUAAGAAGUUGAAAGAGCUGGAAAGGAUUGCUCAGGACAGGGUUGGAUGGAGAAUGCUGGUGAGCGGCCUAUGCUCCUUCACGAGGAGUAACAGGCUUAAGUAAGUAAGUAAGUUUCAUUUAUAAGCAUAGAAGGAUAGUGGAUAGCAGCGUAAUCCACGAUGUGCGUUUCGCUCUAUUUGUGACUCGUCAGCUGGAUAAAUCUUCAUCCCAGACUUGAUGUUCACUCCGGAACUCGAACGCUGUACCGCUCACUUCAAACACCAUCGCGUUAUCUACCUAGCUACUGAGGCCUUAUAAACACUUGUUUGUGCAACGGAAUGAAGUUUUGAAUUCAUUUUGUCUUGUUUAUAUGAAUCUUCUAAUUAAUGUUUAAGGCUACGAUUGAUCAGUUUUUCAUUGGAAUCUUAGAGUAAACAUCAACUCUGAGAUGUAGGUACAUCCAGUUGACGAGUUUCCAAAUAGGACGAAACGUGCGUCAAACUGGAUUCCACUGCUAACCACUAUCCAUCUUUGCUAAUAAUGGAAACAAUUUAUACGAAUGAUUUCAC